UCGCAGAGUGAGUCUGGUGUUAGUUUGGUAACCUGGCGUGUGACGGUUUGGGGCGGGGUUUGCGGACCCUCCUCUUCUUGGCGGGGGUCGGGCUUGCGGUCUCGGUCCCCGUAAUGUACGGAGGCAGAGGAAAGGGGCUCCGGCCCCCUCGGCGUCAUGUCUUCGGUGCCGACGGUUUCCAGUCCGCCGGUUCUAUCCUCAAGCGCCGGGACACUGAUCUAGAAAAAGCCGGGCAAAACCGAAGUUCUGCGGGCUGCUCCACGGGGUACUCAUGCGUCCUCCUUUUGUUUCAGGUCUGCGAAGCCGCCCCAGGAACCGAAGCUCUCCUAUCUCCGCCUUUUCCAUUCCCGUUUGUAACCAAUAAAGGCCGUUCAUACCGUUGUAGGCUUCGUGGAAGGGCUGGCAACAUUUCAAAGAAGGUUCUCUGGCUGAUCUUGCCGCCACCUCCGAAUGGCCGCGCUGCGCCGAAUCCUGCACUGGGCGACCCUGGCUGCUGGGACGCGCCGCAAUUUGGCGGGCUCCCUGGCCAGUAGCUGCCUGGCGGACCGCUGCCUCUGGGAUAAGCUCCACGCCCAGCCCCGUCUGGGCUGUGUCCCCACGUUCGACUGGUUCUUUGGGUACGAGGAAGUCCAGGGGCUCCUACUGCCGCUGUUGCAGGGGUCCCAGGCUGCCUGUCCACUGCGAGUGUUAGACGUGGGCUGUGGGACUUCCAGCCUGUGUACAGGCCUCUACACCAAGUGCCCACAUCCCGUGGACGUGCUGGGGGUGGACUUCUCUCCUGUGGCUGUGGCCCACAUGAACAGCGUCCUGGAAGGUGGUCAAGGCCAAACACCUCUGUGCCCUGGGCACCCUGCCUCCCGCCUCCACUUCAUGCAGGCUGAUGCCCAGAACCUGGAGCCAGUGGCUUCCUCCGGCUCCUUCCAGCUAGUACUGGACAAGGGCACCUGGGAUGCCGUUGCUAGGGGUGGUCUGCCUGGGGCUUAUCAGGUGCUGUCAGAAUGCCUGAGGGUCCUACACCCCCAGGGGACCCUGAUUCAGUUUUCAGAUGAGGACCCGGAUGUCCGGCUUCCCUGCUUGGAGCAAAGAUCCCAAGGCCGGACUGUGACUGUGCAGGAGAUAGGUCCUUUCAGGGGCAUCACCUACUUUGCUUACUUGGUUCAAGGCUCCCAUUAAAGACUAGUUUUUGUUGGGUGAGGAGAGGUGGAGAGAGCUUUGCCUUUGCAAGAUGGCUGGAAAAGGAGGGUUUCAGUCCUGGCUUCCAUGUUUCCUAGGUGGGUGCACUCAGUAUUGAUGGUUUCUGUGCCCAGUUUACCCAUCAGCAAGGUAGGAAUGGAACCUGGGGUUAUGGAUUACAUACAGCGAUAGCUGAAACAUUGAGCAGGCCCAGGCCCAAAAUGAGUACUGAACAGAGAAGAUCCAAGUGGAUCAUUCCCCACCUCCAGCUAACUGGAACUUCUCUAGAAGCAGCAGAUAAGAAUUGUUCAUCAAACCCAGUGGCCAAGCCUCUAAUCUCAUUUUCCUCUCCUGGGAACAGGAGAAAGUUGUGAAAGGAUAGGUAAAAUUGCUCUAUGAAGAAACCUAGCUGAAAUGUUCAAGGAGAGAGAACAAACAAGA